AUGGCCGGCGCUGCAGUUCCAGCUACUGCUCCAUUGGUCACCUGUCCACCAGGAUAUGAAUACAUUGGAUUUCCCACGUUCAAUCCAGGAACGGGUGCAUUUACAUUCCCAAUUGGAACAUUCCCAACGGACUUUCCGACCGUAACUAUUCCAACUGGCUUCCCUACGGCGGCCAGCUUUCCAACGUUUGAUAUUCCGACCGGGAGUCCACCUACAAUAGGUUCUCUGCCAAGUUUUCCGACAGAUUUUCCGACUGUUGAUAUCCCAACGGGUUUCCCCACGGUUGAUAUCCCAACGGGUUUCCCCACGGUUGAUAUCCCAACGGGUUUUCCAAGCUUCCCGACCCCUGAUAUUCCAACAGGCAGUUUUCCCACUGUCGAUGUACCAACGGGCUUUCCGAGUGUACCGACAGUCGAUAUCGGAAGCGUGCCAACCAUUCCAACCGAUUUCCCAACGGGCUUCCCCAGCGUGAGCUUUCCGAAUCUGCCAACGGGCGUUCCAGCGGGAUGUUUCCCGAUUCCAACUACACUGCCACUGGGAGCGACAACACAAGCUUCACCUCAACCGACUAUUGACCUCACUCCCAGAUGUGUCUCUUUUCCAGAGGAGUGCUGUGGGGCACCUCGUUGCAUCGACUCAACCUUCGCCAACUACUCCUCCAUCGUUGUGAAUUAUGCGAUCAGGUGUGGCGAUCCGACAUCCUGCAACCCAGCACGGUUUGCACAGUGCAGUGUCAGCCCUGUUACUGGCUUCUGCGAGCAGCUAGGAUCUUUCAGUGUGCCACAAAAUACUGGUACUGUACCGACCGUUGCCACUGCACCACCAGUCACAGGAGUAGACAGGUGUAUUUCCUAUCCAACUCAGUGCUGUGGCCCGCCAGUAUGCUACGAUACUCAAUCGCCCACGUUCUUGACGACAUUGCAGAACUACGCAAUAGCUUGCGGCGGUGACGCAUCAUUGUGCAACCCGCUCCCUUUCACCGUGUGCCAGUAUAUACCCAGCAACGGCAGCUGUGUUGGCUCUGGUUUGUUCUCAAUUGCACCACCGACUGCACCACCCACUGCACCGGCAACAACACCGUCGCCUCCUCCAGUCAAUCCAUCAGUCAAUCCAUCGGUCACUCCACCGGCCACUCAGCCAGUCACCUGUCCACCAGGAUACGAGUAUAUCGGAAUUCCCACAUUCAAUCCAGGAACUGGUGCAUUCACAUUCCCAAUUGGAAGUUUCCCAACAGUUGAUCUUCCUACAGGAAAUAUUCCAACUGGUUUCCCUACAGUGGGCAGUCUUCCGACGUUUGAAAUUCCAACUGGCAGUCCUCCUACAAUAGGUUCUCUACCAAGUUUCCCAACAGACUUUCCCACUUUCAAUAUUCCUACAGGUUCUGUUCCAUCAAUACCUACAGUCGAUAUUCCAACAGGUUUCCCUACUUUCGAUAUUCCAACAGGUAGUUUCCCCACUGUGGAUAUUCCAACAGGUUUUCCAAGUAUACCAACUGUUGAUCUUGGAAGUGUCCCAACUGUUCCCACCAACUUCCCCAGUGUGCCAACUGGUUUCCCUAGCAUACCCACAGGUUUCCCGAGCGUGAGCUUUCCAAAUCUGCCAACUGGAGUUCCAGCGGGAUGCUUCCCGAUUCCAACUACACUGCCUCUGGGAGCUACAACGCAAGCAUCAAGUCAACCAACUCUUAACCCUACUCCACGGUGUAUUUCCUAUCCCACUCAGUGCUGUGGCCCGCCAGUAUGCUAUGAUACUCAAUCACCCACGUUCUUGACGACAUUGCAGGACUACGCUUUAACUUGCCGUGGUGAUGCAUCAUUGUGCAACCCGCUCCCUUUCACCGUGUGCCAGUAUAUACCCAGCAACGACAGCUGUGUUGGCUCUGGUUUGUUCUCAAUUGCACCACCCACUGCACCGGCAACAACACCUGCUCCUCCUCCAGUCACUCCAUCAGUCACUCCAACGGUCACUCAGCCAGUCACCUGUCCACCAGGUUAUGAAUACAUUGGAUUUCCCACAUUCAAUCCAGGAACUGGUGCAUUCACAUUCCCAAUUGGAAGUUUCCCAACAGUUGAUCUUCCUACAGGAAAUAUUCCAACUGGUUUCCCUACAGUGGGCAGUCUUCCUACGUUUGAUAUUCCAACUGGCAGUCCUCCCACAAUAGGUUCACUACCAAGUUUCCCAACAGACUUUCCCACUUUCAAUAUUCCUACAGGUUCUGUUCCAUCAAUACCUACAGUCGAUAUUCCAACAGGUUUCCCGACUUUUGACAUUCCAACAGGUAGUUUCCCCACUGUGGAUAUUCCAACAGGUUUUCCAAGUAUACCAACGGUUGAUCUUGGAAGUGUCCCAACUGUUCCCACCAACUUUCCCAGCGUGCCAACUGGUUUCCCAAGCAUACCCACAGGUUUCCCCAGUGUGAGCAUUCCCAAUCUGCCAACUGGAGUUCCAGUAGGAUGUUUCCCGAUUCCAACCACACUGCCACUGGGCGCAACAACACAGGCACAGAGUCCGCCGACAACUCAAGCUCCACCUCCAACCGUUACGAUUGCCAGAUGUAUGUCCAUACCACGGGAGUGCUGUGGCGAGCCGUACUGCGUCGACACAAACUUUCCGAACGCGACGACCAUCUCGGUGGACUAUCUUACGCGUUGUGGAGACCCGACGUUGACAUGCAACCCACAGCGUUUCGCUCAGUGCAGCGUCAGCCCUACCACUGGCGUCUGUGAGCAGACUGGCGCAAUCUCUUUUGCUCCGAGCUUUCCCGUUACCACGCAGUUCAGAACUCCCACAGUGGAUACAUCUCAAGCUGCAACUCCUCCACCAGUCACCCCACCGGUUACUCAGCCAGUCACCUGUCCACCAGGAUAUGAAUAUAUCGGGAUUCCCACAUUCAAUCCAGGAACUGGUGCAUUCACAUUCCCAAUUGGAAGUUUCCCAACAGUUGAUCUUCCUACAGGAAAUAUUCCAACUGGCUUCCCUACAGUGGGCAGUCUUCCAACGUUUGAUAUUCCAACUGGCAGUCCUCCUACAAUAGGUUCUCUACCAAGUUUCCCAACAGACUUUCCAACAUUCAAUAUUCCUACAGGUUCUGUUCCAUCAAUACCUACAGUCGAUAUUCCAACAGGUUUCCCUACUUUCGAUAUUCCAACAGGUAGUUUCCCCACUGUGGAUAUUCCAACAGGUUUUCCAAGUAUUCCAACUGUUGAUCUUGGAAGUGUCCCAACUGUUCCCACCAACUUUCCCAGUGUUCCAACUGGUUUCCCAAGCAUACCCACAGGUUUCCCCAGUGUGAGCAUUCCCAAUCUGCCAACUGGAGUUCCAGCAGGAUGUUUCCCAAUUCCGACCACGUUGCCACUGGGAGCAACAACAACGGGCCGUGCACCAACCAGCACUCCUGCAGCGCCGACAACACCACAAGCAGUUGCUUCAACAACCCCGCUCUUUGCCACUAGUGGUGCAACAACAUCUCAGGCAACAACUCAACCUCGUCAGACCACGCCAGCUCCACCAACUAUUCCAGUCGUCACCUGUCCACCAGGAUAUGAAUACAUUGGAGUUCCCACAUUCAAUCCAGGAACGGGUGCAUUCACAUUCCCAAUUGGAAGUUUCCCAACAGUUGAUCUUCCUACAGGAAAUAUUCCAACUGGUUUCCCUACAGUGGGCAGUCUUCCAACGUUUGAUAUUCCAACUGGCAGUCCUCCUACAAUAGGUUCUCUACCAAGUUUCCCAACAGACUUUCCAACAUUCAAUAUUCCUACAGGUUCUGUUCCAUCAAUACCUACAGUCGAUAUUCCAACAGGUUUCCCUACUUUCAACAUUCCAACAGGUAGUUUCCCCACUGUGGAUAUUCCAACAGGUUUUCCAAGUAUACCAACUGUUGAUCUUGGAAGUGUCCCAACUGUUCCCACCAACUUUCCCAGUGUGCCAACUGGUUUCCCAAGCAUACCCACAGGUUUCCCCAGUGUGAGCAUUCCAAAUCUGCCAACAGGAGUUCCAGCGGGUUGUUUCCCAAUUCCGACCACACUGCCACUGGGAGCAACAACAACGGGCCGUGCCCCAACCAGCACUCCUGCACCACCGACAACACCUCGUGUGUCUACCCCGGUGGCAACAACUGGAGGUGCCCCAACGUCUCCGCCAACAACCCCACCCAGUCCUACAACACCAGCGCCACCAACUAUUCCAGUUGUCACCUGUCCACCAGGAUAUGAAUACAUUGGAGUUCCCACAUUCAAUCCAGGAACUGGUGCAUUCACAUUCCCAAUUGGAAGUUUCCCAACAGUAGAUCUUCCUACAGGAAAUAUUCCAACUGGUUUCCCUACAGUGGGCAGUCUUCCAACGUUUGAUAUUCCAACUGGCAGUCCUCCUACAAUAGGUUCUCUACCAAGUUUCCCAACAGACUUUCCAACAUUCAAUAUUCCUACAGGUUCUGUUCCAUCAAUACCUACAGUCGAUAUUCCAACAGGUUUCCCUACUUUCGACAUUCCAACAGGUAGUUUCCCCACUGUGGAUAUUCCAACAGGUUUUCCAAGUAUUCCAACUGUUGAUCUUGGAAGUGUCCCAACUGUGCCCACCAACUUUCCCAGCGUGCCAACUGGUUUCCCAAGCAUACCCACAGGUUUCCCCAGUGUGAGCAUUCCAAAUCUGCCAACAGGAGUUCCAGUGGGAUGUUUCCCAAUUCCGACCACGCUGCCACUGGGAGCAACAACAACAGCCCGUGCCCCAACCAGCACUCCUGCAGCGCCGACAACACCUCGUGUGUCCACCCCGGUGGCAACAACUGGAGGUGCCCCAACGUCUCCGCCAACAACCCCACCAAGUCCUACAACACCAGCCCCUCCAACUAUUCCAGUCGUCACCUGUCCACCAGGAUAUGAGUAUAUUGGAGUUCCCACAUUCAAUCCAGGAACGGGUGCAUUCACAUUCCCAAUUGGAAGUUUCCCAACAGUUGAUCUUCCUACAGGAAAUAUUCCAACUGGUUUCCCUACAGCGGGCAGUCUUCCAACGUUUGAUAUUCCAACUGGCAAUCCUCCUACAAUAGGUUCUCUACCAAGUUUCCCAACAGACUUUCCAACAUUCAAUAUUCCUACAGGUUCUGUUCCAUCAAUACCUACAGUCGAUAUUCCAACAGGUUUCCCUACUUUCGACAUUCCAACAGGUAGUUUCCCCACUGUGGAUAUUCCAACAGGUUUUCCAAGUAUACCAACUGUUGAUCUUGGAAGUGUCCCAACUGUUCCCACCAACUUUCCCAGUGUGCCAACUGGUUUCCCAAGCAUACCCACAGGUUUCCCCAGUGUGAGCAUUCCAAAUCUGCCAACAGGAGUUCCAGCGGGAUGUUUCCCAAUUCCGACCACGCUGCCACUGGGAGCAACGACAACAGGCCGUGCCCCAACAAGCACUCCUGCACCACCGACAACACCGAGAGCAACCGCGGGUGUUACAACACCAAGUGUCUCCACACCAGUGCUAACCACCGGUGCCACAACAUCUCAGGCAACAACUCAACCACAGCAGACAACACCAGCUCCACCAACUAUUCCAGUUGUCACCUGUCCACCAGGAUAUGAAUACAUCGGAGUUCCCACAUUCAAUCCAGGAACUGGUGCAUUCACAUUCCCAAUUGGAAGUUUCCCAACAGUUGAUCUUCCUACAGGAAAUAUUCCAACUGGUUUCCCUACAGUGGGCAGUCUUCCAACGUUUGAUAUUCCAACUGGCAGUCCUCCUACAAUAGGUUCUCUACCAAGUUUCCCAACAGACUUUCCAACAUUCAAUAUUCCUACAGGUUCUGUUCCAUCAAUACCUACCGUCGAUAUUCCAACAGGUUUCCCUACUUUCGACAUUCCAACAGGUAGUUUCCCCACUGUGGAUAUUCCAACAGGUUUUCCAAGUAUACCAACUGUUGAUCUUGGAAGUGUCCCAACUGUUCCCACCAACUUUCCCAUUGUGCCAACUGGUUUCCCAAGCAUACCCACAGGUUUCCCCAGUGUGAGCAUUCCCAAUCUGCCCACAGGAGUUCCAGUGGGAUGUUUCCCGAUUCCAACCACACUGCCCCUGGGAACAACGGCAGCCACUGCCCAGACAACACCUACAGUCCAGGCGACAACUACGGUUGCUGCUACUCCUCCUGUGACCACACCUAUCGUACCCACCUUCGGUUUCUCAACUCAACCAGUAACAACUCCGGCAGUAACAACUCCGGCUGUGACAACUCCCGCCGUGACAACUCCGGCUGUAACAACCCCGGCUGUGACAACUCCCGCCGUGACAACUCCGGCUGUAACAACCCCGGGAGUUUCAACUCCAUCUGUGCCAAUUGUCACUACACCAUCUGUGCCAAUUGUCUCUACCCCAUCUGUGCCUACAUUUGGCUUUACAACUCCCACGGUAGCAACUCCACUGGUGACGACUCCAGCUGUUUCAACACCUUCUUUGCCCAUUGUCACCACGCCAUCAGUCCCAACGUUUGGCCCCUCUAGUCCAACAGUUUCAAUACCAGCUUUCACCACUCCUGGAGUGUCAAGUCCAGGAGCAACUACCCAGGCAGCCACAACACGGGCUGCUACAACUGCGGCUGGUACGACUGCUGCUGCUUCAACUGCUGCUGCAACAACAGCAGCCGCUACAACUGGAGCUGCUACAACUGGAGCCGCUACAACUGGAGCUGCUACGACUGCAGCCGGUACAACAGGCGCUGGCACGAGUGCUGGAGCAACAACAGCAGCUCCUACAACCGCAGCAGCUACAACAGCAGCAGGAACAACUGCUGCUGCUACAACAGCGGCUGGCACAACUGCAGCUCCUCCAACCUUGGCUGCCACAACUGCAGCGGGAACAACCAUGGCCGGCACAACUGCAGCUGCUACGACUGCUGCUGCUUCAACUGCCGCUGCUACAACUGCUGCUGCUACGACAGGAGCUGCUACGACUGCAGCUGCUACAACUGGAGCCGCUACAACUGGAGCUGCUACGACUGCAGCCGGUACAACAGGUGCUGGCACAAGUGCUGCAGCAACAACAGCAGCUCCUACAACCGCAGCAGGUACAACAGCAGCAGGAACAACUGCUGCUGCUACAACAGCGGCUGGCACAACUGCAGCUCCUCCAACCUUGGCUGCCACAACUGCAGCUGGAACAACCAUGGCCGGCACAACUGCAGCUGCUACGACUGCUGCUGCUGCUACAACUGCCGCUGCUACAACUGCUGCUGCUACGACAGGAGCUGCUACAACUGGAGCCGCUACAACUGGAGCUGCUACGACUGCAGCCGGUACAACAGGCGCUGGCACGAGUGCUGCAGCAUCAACAGCAGCUGCUACAACCGCAGCUGCUACAACAGCAGCAGGAACAACUGUGGCUGGUACAACAGUGGCUGCCACGACUGCAGCUGGUACAACAGCAGCCGGUACAACCAUGGCUGGAACAACUGCAGCUGCCACGACUGCAGCUGCUACAACAGCGGCUGGAACAACUGCAGCUGGCACAACUGCAGCUGGCACAACUGCAGCUUCCACGACAGCAGCUGCUACAACAGCAGCUCCUCCAACCGUGGCUGCCACAACGGCAGCUGGAACAACCAUUGCUGGCACAACCGCUGCUGCUACAACUUCUGCUGGCGCCACAACCGUGGCUGGUACAACUGCUGCUGCUACCACCAGAGCGGCUACAACGGCAGCCGGUACAACUGCAGCCGGUUCAACAGGUGCUGCCACCACUGCUGCUGCCACAACUGCUGCAGCUACAACAGCGUCGGGUGCAACUGCUGCGGCCACAACUGUUGCAGCCACAACUGCUGCAGUUACAACAGCGUCUGGUGCGACUGCUGCUGCCACCACUGCUGCUGCCACAACUGCUGCAGUUACAACAGCGUCUGGUGCGACUGCUGCUGCCACAACUGCUGCAGCUACAACAGCGUCUGGUGCAACUGCUGCUGCCACAACUGCUGCUGCCACAACUGCGGCAGCUACAACAGCGUCUGGUGCGACUGCUGCUGCCACCACUGCUGCUGCCACAACUGCUGCAGCUACAACAGCGUCUGGUGCAACUGCUGCUGCUACAACUGCUGCAGGCACGGGAACUGGAGCAACCGUGGGAGCUACUUCCGCUGGUGGCACAACUGCUGCUGGUAGUAGCGCAGCUGUGAGUGGCACGACAGCAAAACCGACCACAGGAUCUGCUCAACCACCAAUAACAUCAACAGCAGGAGAACCCGCGACAACAACUACCAUCCCUGUCAUAGUCAUCUUGUCUUUGUCCGGGGUUGACGCGGGUGUCAUGUACACCAACGAGCAGCUGGCUGCCAGGAUUCGUAGCAGUCUGGAAAUCGGCCCGGUGAACGUAACAGCUCAGACAAGCUCUGGCAGCGUUCUGUCAGUGUACUUCUUCGUACGGGACAAUGAGACAAAUAUGGCCGUGGACGCAGAGGCUGUUCUCUCUCGUAUCAGUGUAUCAAGCAUCACAAAUUCGCUGCUGACAUCGUUCAGCGCAGCAGGUCUGACCUCUGCAGCAUCCUUGUCGCCACGUCCCACUCUGCAGCCCACGGAGACGGACGACGACAGUGGCCUGGGCGGCGGUGCCAUUGCCGGUAUCAUCAUUGGUGUUCUCGCUGCUCUUGCAAUACUCGCACUGCUUGCCUACUAUAUACGACUCAGAAAACGACGCUCAGAGUACUGGACCGAUUCCACCAAGCAGAGUCGCAAUAGUAAAAAGACCGAGGUAUACUUUGACAACUACUCAUUCAGCAAGCCGUGAAGCGGAUCACGAAUCCUGGCCGUGUCCGCCUUCUUUUUUUUUUUUAUACCGUUCGCAGAUUGGUUUACAGCUGUGUUGGCCGAUGUCACAUUUGCUUGUGUUUUUCAGAAUCCACCCUGCUACUUAUACAUGGUACACCUUGCCUUGAACUCGUGACAGGGCUAGAUCAAAUACUUUUUUUUCAUUCCACAUUAGAAGAAACAACAAGUUAGGUUUUGAACAAUUCAGUUAAUUAAUUAUUGGCUAAUGAUAAUACUAAUAAUAUCAGUCAAUUAUUUGAUGAACUAGGUAGGGCUGUUUACACAUUGAUAGGAUUGCUUGCUUGCCAACUAGGGGCUCAGUGGCUUUCCUGCCAUUGCGAACUGUUGGCGAAGUUUCAGUGGCUUAGAAUCAUUUCACGGUCGCUUGAAUCACACAUUUCUGUUGGUCUGUGCCAAAAAAUGUAGCUGAACGCUACUUGCAA